CAGGUCCUUUUCCAGACGCUGCCCAUGUUGGCAUGUCUCGAACUGAUGCAAGUCGAAAGUUUUGGAGCAGGCAAGAUUGGCAAAUUAUCGAUUAUACCCAAUGCCGUGGAUUCUGUACGCAUUGUUUAUUCACCAAAGUAAGUUAUGAGGAUGCCACUUAUUGAUUGCUGGAGUAAAACAGAAAAUGCUGAUGAUGAGUGUGAUAGACAUGCGUUGGAUAUACGAUUCACUGAUGCUGAAACUAUCUGCGUUUCUGAUGCUGCCUAUCGUCGAUCUUUCUAUUCCUCCUCACCUUCCUCCCUUCACGAUCUCGGCGGAGAAAAGUUCGUUCUACCAACUCCGUUCCUGACUUCCUCGACCGCCGCAUUACUGCAAGGAGGAGCCGAUGGCACAGCAGCAGUCCACCUUGCUCAGCAACUCAACUUUACGCAAUUUACGGAAUUUGACAAACUGUUGGAGACAAUGGAUACGUGGAUAUUUGAACCUUUGGAUGUUCCAGUGCCCACCUCUGAGAAUCCAUUAUACGAUUGUCUGAAACCACAUGGGCUCACCUCGGAGCCAAGUGCGAUAUCGUUCCAACAUGGAUUGUUAUGUUCUGCCGCCCUGUGUCCGGUUGUUCUCUUUCAGCUGCAAAAACUUCUUUAAGCCAUACGAGCUUUUGUAUGAUAAUUUCUAAAAAAAAAACACAGUAUUUGAAUACAAUGUAAAAUGGGAUUGCCAAUGUUAUUGCG